AUGAGUACAAAUACUAUGAAUCCCUACUGGAAGAGUGUGAUAUUUUUCACCAAAGUUUCUAUUUCGUGCUUUUUUAUUCAAUGGCUAUUGGACAAUUAUUUUGAUUUGAACCACUGGAAACCAAUAUCUUAUCCAUUUUUUCAUUGGCUGGCUAAUUUUUUCUUUUACUAUGGAUGUGGAUACAUCACAUUACGACUAAAAGAUUCAUCAUAUCUUACCUCGUAUAAAAUUCUCAAUGCACCCAAUGUCACACAACAAGUGAUGAAUUUCGAUUGUUUAUCAAUAAUCAAAGGAGAACUUAUCUUUCUGCUCAUGUGUUAUGGUUAUGGAUUUUUCAUUGAGUAUUCUUCUCAUUCACCAAAUUUAAUUUUUAACCUAGCCUGGUUUUAUCUUUGUGUUAUAUCGGCAGAUUUUACGUUCUAUGUUAUUCAUUAUACUUUACACAAGAAAUUCUACUGGAUUCAUAAGAAACAUCAUGAAUAUAUCGAUUUGAAUGGUUUCGUUGCCGAAUAUAAAUCAUUGCUCGAAGCGUUGGUUAUUACUACAAGUGAUAUUUUGCCCUUUCUAAUUUUUGGAACAUCAAUCAAUCAAUUGAUUGCUUGGAUUAUUGUCGGUGUAUUGUAUAAUGUCGAAGGACAUUCAUCCAUGAAAUUAUUCUAUAUUAUUGAUAAUUUUCAUCAUAAACAUCAUACACAUUUCAAUGUGAACUAUGGCAUUGCACAGUACUUAGAUCAUAUUUUUGGCACAAUGUAG